GAGAUGUGGAGAUAGGCGGGAGCGAGGGAGGGAGCGAAGGAGCAAAGGAGGUAGAGAGGAGCAGCGGAGCGAAGGGAGGGAGCGCAGCUUGGUUGCUCCGUAGUACGGAGGCUCGCGAGGGAGAAUCCCGAGCUGGCUCCAGGAUCGACAGGCGGACAGGAGGAGAUAGUUAGCAAGACUGCAGCUCCUCGGUGCCUCCCCGCGGCGUGUGGGCUGCACUGAUUUGUCCCUGGGGCAGCAGCGUGGAUCUGCCUGGAGAUGAGGCGGCGAUUAGCAAGGUAAAAGUAACAGAACCAUGGCUCAGUUUCCAACACCUUUUGGUGGCAGCCUGGAUAUCUGGGCUAUAACUGUAGAGGAAAGAGCGAAGCAUGAUCAACAAUUCCACAGUUUAAAGCCAAUAUCUGGAUUUAUUACUGGUGAUCAAGCUCGGAACUUUUUCUUUCAGUCUGGGUUACCACAACCUGUUUUAGCACAGAUAUGGGCACUGGCUGACAUGAAUAAUGAUGGAAGAAUGGAUCAAGUGGAGUUUUCCAUAGCCAUGAAACUUAUCAAACUGAAGCUUCAAGGAUAUCAGCUCCCCUCUGCACUUCCCCCUGUCAUGAAACAGCAGCCAGUUGCUAUUUCUAGUGCACCAGCAUUUGGUAUAGGAGGUAUUGCCAGCAUGCCACCCCUUACAGCUGUUGCUCCAGUGCCAAUGGGCUCCAUUCCAGUGGUUGGAAUGUCUCCACCCCUUGUAUCUUCUGUCCCUCCAGCAGCAGUGCCUCCCCUGGCUAAUGGAGCUCCCACUGUCAUACAGCCUCUGCCUGCAUUUGCACAUCCUGCAGCCACAUUGCCAAAGAGUUCUUCCUUUAGUCGAUCUGGCCCAGGGUCACAGUUAAACACUAAGUUACAGAAGGCACAGUCGUUUGACGUGGCUAGCGCCCCUCCAGUGGCAGAAUGGGCUGUUCCUCAGUCAUCAAGGCUGAAAUACAGGCAGUUAUUCAAUAGUCACGACAAAACUAUGAGUGGACACUUAACAGGUCCCCAAGCAAGAACUAUUCUUAUGCAAUCAAGUUUACCACAGGCUCAGCUGGCUUCAAUAUGGAAUCUUUCUGACAUUGAUCAAGAUGGGAAACUUACAGCAGAAGAAUUCAUCCUGGCUAUGCACCUGAUUGAUGUAGCAAUGUCUGGUCAGCCAUUGCCGCCUGUUUUGCCUCCUGAAUAUAUCCCACCUUCCUUUAGAAGAGUUCGAUCUGGCAGUGGCAUUUCUGCCAUAAGCUCAGCCACUGUAGACCAGAGGUUACCAGAGGAACCAGUUUUAGAAGACGAACAGCAACAACUAGAAAAGAAAUUGCCUGUAACAUUUGAAGAUAAGAAGCGUGAGAAUUUUGAACGUGGCAAUCUGGAACUGGAGAAGCGAAGGCAAGCUCUUUUGGAACAGCAGCGCAAAGAGCAGGAGCGCUUGGCACAGUUAGAACGUGCGGAGCAGGAGAGGAAAGAGCGCGAGCGCCAGGAACAGGAGCGGAAACGACAGCUGGAACUGGAGAAACAGCUGGAGAAGCAACGGGAGCUGGAACGUCAGCGAGAGGAAGAGAGGAGGAAGGAGAUAGAAAGAAGGGAGGCUGCAAAACGAGAACUUGAAAGGCAGCGACAGCUUGAAUGGGAACGGAAUCGACGGCAAGAACUACUCAAUCAAAGAAACAAAGAACAAGAGGACAUAGUUGUCUUGAAAGCAAAGAAAAAAACUUUGGAAUUUGAAUUAGAAGCUCUAAAUGAUAAAAAGCACCAAUUAGAAGGCAAACUGCAAGAUAUCAGAUGUCGAUUGACCACGCAAAGGCAAGAAAUUGAGAGCACAAAUAAAUCUAGAGAGCUGAGAAUUGCUGAGAUAACGCAUCUACAGCAACAGUUACAGGAGUCUCAACAAAUGCUUGGAAGACUUAUUCCGGAAAAACAGAUACUUAAUGACCAAUUAAAACAAGUUCAGCAGAACAGUUUGCACAGAGAUUCACUUCUGACUGUCAAGAGAGCCUUAGAAGCUAAAGAACUAGCUCGGCAGCAGCUCCGAGACCAGCUGGAUGAGGUUGAGAAGGAAACUAGAUCAAAACUACAGGAGAUUGAUAUUUUCAACAAUCAACUGAAGGAAUUAAGAGAAAUACAUAGUAAGCAGCAGCUCCAGAAGCAAAAGUCCAUAGAAGCAGAACGGCUGAAACAGAAAGAGCAAGAACGAAAGAUCCUAGAAUUAGAAAAACAAAAAGAAGAAACCCAAAGACGAGCUCAGGAAAGGGACAAACAGUGGCUUGAACAUGCGCAGCAGGAGGAUGAGCACCAGCGACCGAGAAAGCUGCAUGAUGAAGAGAGACUGAGAAGGGAAGAAAGUGUCAAAAAAAAGGACAGCGAUGAAAAAGGCAAACAGGAAAUGCAAGACAAGUUGAGUCGGCUAUUCCAUCAACAUCAAGAACCGCCUAAGCCAGCUGUCCAAGCACCCUGGUCCACUGCAGAGAAAGGCCCACUUACGAUUUCUGCCCAGGAGAAUGUCAAAGUGGUUUAUUACCGAGCAUUAUACCCCUUUGAAUCCAGAAGUCAUGAUGAAAUCACUAUCCAGCCAGGAGAUAUAGUCAUGGUUAAAGGGGAAUGGGUGGAUGAGAGCCAAACUGGAGAACCUGGAUGGCUUGGAGGAGAAUUAAAAGGAAAGACAGGAUGGUUCCCUGCAAACUAUGCAGAGAAAAUUCCAGAAAACGAGGUUCCUGCUCCCAUCAAACCAAUGGCUGAUCUGACAUCUGCCCCUGCACCUAAAUUGGCUUUGCGAGAAACCCCCGCCCCCGUGGCAGUGCCCACUCCAGAGCCCUCCACAACCUCAAACAACUGGGCUGACUUCAGUUCCACGUGGCCCACCAGCACGAGUGAGAAACCAGAAACAGAUAACUGGGAUGCGUGGGCAGCGCAGCCCUCCCUCACCGUCCCAAGCGCUGGCCAGUUAAGGCAGAGAUCGGCCUUUACGCCAGCCACAGCCACCGGCUCCUCUCCAUCUCCUGUGUUAGGCCAGGGCGAAAAGGUGGAAGGGCUCCAAGCGCAAGCCUUGUAUCCUUGGAGAGCUAAAAAAGACAACCAUUUAAAUUUUAACAAAAAUGAUGUUAUCACUGUCCUGGAGCAGCAAGACAUGUGGUGGUUUGGAGAAGUCCAAGGCCAAAAGGGGUGGUUCCCCAAGUCGUACGUGAAACUCAUUUCAGGGCCCAUAAGGAAAUCUACAAGUAUGGAUUCCGGUUCUUCAGAAAGUCCUGCAACUCUGAAGAGAGUGGCUUCUCCGGCAGCCAAGCCGGCCAUGACGGGAGAAGAAUUUAUUGCCAUGUACACUUACGAGAGUUCUGAGCAAGGAGAUUUAACCUUUCAGCAAGGGGAUGUGAUUUUGGUUACCAAGAAAGAUGGUGACUGGUGGACAGGAACAGUGGGCGACAAAUCCGGCGUCUUCCCUUCUAACUAUGUGAGGCUUAAAGAUUCAGAGGGCUCUGGAACUGCUGGGAAAACAGGGAGUUUAGGAAAAAAACCUGAAAUUGCCCAGGUUAUUGCCUCAUACACCGCUACUGGCCCAGAGCAGCUUACCCUGGCCCCUGGUCAACUGAUUUUGAUCCGGAAAAAGAAUCCAGGUGGAUGGUGGGAAGGAGAACUGCAAGCACGUGGAAAGAAGCGCCAGAUAGGCUGGUUCCCAGCAAAUUAUGUAAAACUUUUAAGCCCUGGGACAAGCAAAAUUACUCCAACAGAGCCACCAAAGUCCAUGGCACUCCCUGCAGUGUGCCAGGUGAUCGGGAUGUAUGACUACACCGCACAGAACGAUGACGAGCUGGCCUUCAACAAGGGCCAGAUCAUCAACGUCCUCAACAAGGAGGACCCUGACUGGUGGAAAGGAGAAGUCAAUGGACAAGUGGGACUCUUCCCAUCCAAUUAUGUGAAGCUGACCACAGACAUGGACCCCAGCCAGCAAUGAAUCAUAUGUUGUCCAUCCCCCACUCAGGCUUGAAAGUCCUCAAAGAGACCCACUAUCCCAUAUCACUGCCCAGAGGGAUGAUGGGAGAUGCAGCCUUGAUCAUGUGACUUCCAGCAUGAUCAUCUACUGCCUUCUGAGUAGAAGAACUCACUGCAGAGCAGUUUACCUCAUUUUACCUUAGUUGCAUGCGAUCGCAAUGUUUGAGUUAUUACUUGCAGAGAUAGAAGCAAAAAUUACAAAAAUACACAGGGUAGUGGGUCCUUUUGUGGCUUUCCUUGUGACUCAAAUUGAUUCCCCCCACCUUUGCACAGGUGCUUUUAAUAGUUUGAAAAUUCUUUUUAAACACAUGUAUUUUAGCCUUUUAAUAAAAAAAAAAAAGAAAGGAAAUCACUUCUUUGCUAUUUUGGUUUUGCAAAAAGACCCACUAUCAAGGAAUGCUGCAUGUGCUAUUAAAAAUGUUCCAAAUGUCCAUAAAUCUGAGACUGUGUAAUUUUCAUUUUGUCCAGUGUUACCAACUAAAUUGUGUAGUUUGGGUUUCCCCCCUAACUCUAGAAGUGCAGAAGAGUUCAAUAUAUCUGUUUUAAAGAUGUGUAGAAUGAGCCCAAUUAAACAGAAGCUAUUUUGUGCUUGUUUGUGUGUAUCAGAUGUAAUUUGGUGAGCAUGUAAUACAUCCUGUACAUAAGAAAUUAGUUCUCUUCAUGGCAAAAUGUGUAUGAUGCUCUACUCAUAUUGCAUUAAUUUUAUUUUGCACAGUGACCUUGUAGCCACAUGAAAAAGCACCUGUGUUUUUGUUCAGUCUCAGAUUUAUCUGGUUGAGUUGGUGUUUUCUGUUUGGGGUUUUUAAUUUUGUGUGUUUUCAUACCAUGAAUCGGUCGACAACAAUGUGGAGGUUGUUAACGAUCAAUAAUGUCGGCAAUCUCUUCUUAGUCUCUGUUACAUGACGUUUUAUUCCAAUUACUUUUCAUGGAAUGACAUAUUUUGAACAAAUAAUUUUUUUGACAAGAAAGAAUGUAUAGAAAUCUCCUUGCAAUUAAUUUCCAAUGUUUACAUUUUUUAACUAGACUGUGGAAUUUCUACAGAUUAAUAUGAAAUGGAGCUCAUGGUCCGUUUGUGUGUUAGAUGUGCUAUAGCCGAAGCCAUUUUUGUCUUUUAAAUGUUAGUUUCAAGCUCUCAAUAAAAACGCCUGUUGCUGACAGCACAGAAUACCGGGGGCGGGGGGUAGGGGAGCCUCAAGCACAGUCUGUAACUGUUCUACUAAUGCCUUCCUAACACGUAGUCACCGUCUGCUUGCACACCUCCCGGGGUCUGUGCUGGGCAUGUUCUCGAAGUCCUUCUCCAUGUUCAUGGUGCAAAGAAUGAGGAUGGCCCCUCCUCAUCUGUUGCGCUUCAGUAUUUUAACGGCUAUGAAUGUAAAAUAUAUAAAUAUCUAAACCUGCGGCUUUAACAACUGUAAUACAACUUUUUGAAUUAGUUAUGUGUAUAGAUAAUUAAAUUCUUCAUAUAAAAGUUA